AUGCUGUCCCUCAGGAGUCUUUUGAAGACCUCCCAAGUCGUAAAAAAUGUCCCACAAGUCAGGAAUAUGAGUGUAGUAUGCAUUCCAGCCAGAAACAAGGUCUCCAAGGGGGAAAUGAUUGUCCUCUCUUCUGCAAUGGUCUUCGGUUGGCUGUUUAUUCCUGCAUGGGUCCUCAUCAACAUGAAGAACUACCGUGACAAGGAAUAA